GUGAAACCUACACCUAUUACCCUUUACCAGUUAUUAUGAGCUGUGACAAUUUAAUUGCUUAACCGAGCCGGAUCCGGCCAACUCGAUUUUGCUGCAGCAGUAGCGGGCUGGUUGUGCUUCGCACGCCGCCAUAGUUGCAAUGGUCAAAGAGAAGUCAGAAGAUAAUGCAUAUGUCAUCGUGGCGCGAGCAGACGUGGAGUCAGGGGCCGACUCCGCAGGGAAACCUUCUUCAAAGGCGGCCCGGAGUCAGACAGCGUUCUUUAUGGCCUUGGCAAUAGGCUCUAUCGCUUCAGCACUGGGUUUCUCCACGCUCCAAGAAAAGGUGUUCAACAUAGACGGAUUCACGUAUGGCGGCUGGAUGACGUUCAUUACUUACCUGACCUUCUCGGCCUGCGGGCUGGCGGAGAGCGCCGCCACUCGCAGCUUCAAACGCAACGCGGCUCUGAGGGACUACGCGGGUGUGUCGUUGUUGGCCAUGGGCGGCGCCUACUUCACCAACUGGGCGCUCAACUACCUCAACUACACCACACGCAUCGUGUUCAAGAGCUGCCGGGUCCUUCCAGUCAUGGCGUUCAGGAGCCUGGUGGUGGGCCAGCGCUACAGUGCGCUGCAGUACUGCGCGGGCCUGCUGCUGGUGGCCGGCAUCACGCUGUUCACGGCGGGCGACGCGGCGGGCGGCGCACCCAACUUCAGCGGCAUUGGCGUGGGGCUCAUCGGGCUGGCGCUGGUGUGUGACGCCCUGACUGCCAAUCUGGAGGAGCGGCAGUUCUUCCGCAUUCGCACACCCGCCUCCCACGCUGAGGUGAUGACCUACCUCUCGCUCUUCGCCGCCGCCGAGUCCUUUGUGGUGCUGUGCAUCAGCGGCGAGCUGGGCCGCGCCCUGACCCACUCGCUGCAGCACCGCGAGACGGUGCCCUUCAUCUGCGCCUUCUCAGUGCUGGGAUACGUCACGGUGUGCCUAAUCCUGUUGCUCAUAAAGCACUUUGGCGCCACCAACGCCGAGGUGGUCAAGUCCAUGCGCAAGGUGUGCCAGGUUGUGCUGUCGUUCGUGGUGUUCCCUAAGCCCAUGAGUUGGAAGUACCUGGUGGGUGGCGUGGCGGUGGCGGUGGCGCUGUACACGCUGCAGCGCACCGGGAAGAAGCCGGCGGCAGCAGGGGCGGAGGGCGGUGGAGGAGGGGGGCGGGGCGGCGGGCACGGGAAAGACGGGAAGGAGCGGGAGGCGUUGUUGGCUCGGAAGGAUUCGGACACCGUUUCGCCGGACCAAGGGGGUGAGGGGCGGUGAGAGGCGGGAGGAGAUGGACAAAGGGGGAUGUGGAGCCGCCUGUAGCAGAGGAUAGGGUGCGUCUAGUGAUAGUGUGUGGAUGGCGGCGGGCUGUAGCGGCAGCGGAGCGGAUGGGUUUGGCCUGCUCCCUGCAUGCGGACCUGAAGCAUUGCCUCCUAGCGAAGAGGUGUGCGGCAUGCGUUGAGCUCAGUCAGCUUCAGGGUUAAGCGUCUGUAUGCAUAGAUGUCAUGGAUUGCCCAUGUGGUGCAUGCGUUGUACAUUUCAGGCAGGAGCAGCAGCUGCCGUGCGUGUGUGUGUUUUGUCGGUGUGCUGGGUUCGCCUGGAACCCACUGAUGGUGUGCGGGGCGGCCGGUCAUACGCCGGCUCAUAGUGACAUAUUAGUUAGAAUGUCUGGCGGUUUGGCCCUACCAUGGCCCAGUUAAUAGGAUGUAGGCGGUAGGGGCCGCGUGCUGCGUGGAGGGGGGAUCGUGGAGGAUCAAGGCGCCCCGAUGGGCGUCUGGUGUUAACCGGCAAACUAUCGGGCGUAAGCCCGUCAACGCAAUAGCUGAACUGAGAUUCACAUGCUUCACAUUUAAACUUGUUUUA